CAGAGAUGAAAGGUGGUUUGUAAAUGUAUGUAAAUAGAGGCUCCCGCCGCACACAUACCUACCCAGACUAGACACACACGGGCAUAGAAGAAGAUGGUGACAAAGAGACCAUGAUAUGAUGUGCUCUCAUAGUUACUGCAAAGUAGGCGGGUUAUAGAGAGAAAAAGAGAGAGAGGGAUGGAGGAGAGUUCGAGUUACAAGGAUUAUUUGGCCGGUUUGCUCGCCGGUGUUGCAACUGUUAUCAUCGGACACCCCUUCGACACAGUCAAGGUGAAGAUGCAAAAACAAAAUACUGACGUUCAUGGUAUAAAGUAUAGAAGUGGUUUGCAUUGCACUGCUAGGGUACUGCAGACUGAAGGAGUCAAAGGACUAUAUCGAGGUGCAACAUCUUCUUUCUUGGGGGUGGCCUUUGAAAGUUCACUUCUCUUUGGCAUUUAUUCCCAAAUAAAACAGUCACUGGAGGGAGGGCUUCAAAGUGGUAAACCACAGUCCUCAGUAAUAAUUCCAUCUGCAGCAAUUGGUGGAGGGAUUAUCAGCUUUGUACUAUGCCCAUCAGAGCUGGUGAAGUGUAGGAUGCAAGUUCUAGGAACUGACUCUUUGGUUCCCAAGUCCAGUAGAUACAAUGGUCCUCUUGAUUGUGCCCUUAAAACUUUUAAAACUGAAGGGGUUACAGGAAUUUUUCGAGGAGGUUUUACAACCUUAUUAAGGGAAUCUAUAGGAAAUGCAGUCUUCUUUAGCACUUAUGAGUCUGUCCGUUAUUACAUGCAUUUACAAUUGAAAGAUGCUUCUUCUAACCAGAACAACUUGACUGAUGUAGGAGUUGGGAUUAUGAGUGGUGGUCUCAGUGGAAUAGCAUUUUGGUCUGCUGUUCUGCCUUUUGAUGUGGCAAAAACCAUAAUCCAGACUGCCCCAGACAGAAACUCCACCAGAAAUCCAUUUCAGAUUUUGAAAUCGAUUUACAGGAGAUCAGGGCUUAAAGGAUGCUAUACAGGUUUAGGCCCAACAAUUGUGAGGGCAUUUCCUGCUAAUGCAGCUGCAAUUGUCACCUGGGAGCUAGCUGUGAAAAUUCUGGGUGUCAAGCGUGAGUAAAGACGAUUCGGCAUUCUAUUACCUAGAACUACAAAUCAUUUCUUGUCAUUCCUGUUGGUGCAUGCAUUUGGUGGCUGUUGGCAAGGACCCUCAUAACUCUUUUUGACAUCGCCUGACUGCAAAAUUACUAGUCUGAGACAAAAGCUUGGAUUGAUUCUUGUGAGACAGACAAUGACCUGGUCCAUCUUUUAUCUGUCAUGGGUACGGCUGACCAAAUUUGCUCAUUUGUUUUAAGUUAUUUUUGUGAGCUUGGACACAGAUUUAGUUACAUGUGUAUUUGAUCCACAUCUCCAGCUCUUCCAAAGCUGGACAAGUUUGUACCAGAGGAAUAGAACUACAAUUUUUAUGCAAAAUUAUGAUGAUUCAUGUUAAGAUUACCAACAGGAUUUGUUUCUUGUACAUUUGUUUGGUUGUUGCAGCAAUUUCUUGCUAACUAGUAACUAUAUUGUUUUCAAAGAAAA